UUCCGGACACGCUCCGAUUCUCAUGCACAACAAGCCGCAGUCCUUUCGCACAUCCCACCCAAUCCUGCAGCAUAUAAGACCCACGAUAGAGCCCGGCCCGCAAGGUUGAAGCCCACGAUGCCUUCUGCUGCAAAGCUUUUUUAUCUGACCUUGUUCUCGCUCUGGCAAGGCCCUGCACAAUGCAAAAGUGCAAAUUCAAGGCCAGCUGACGAUGCAUGUUCGAUAGCACCGGGUAGCAUUAUCAGCGAUGCCUGUGUCACAUAUUCAAAUCUCGAGGACUUGAACACCCAAGUCAAACCUGCCAUCGAGGACCUCAUUCGCAACACCGACUUCUUCUCGCACUACAGACUCAAUCUAUUUAGUAAAACAUGUCCGUUCUGGGAUGAUGAGAAUGGAAUGUGUGGGAAUCAGGCCUGCGCCGUCAAUACCAUCGACGACGAAAAGGAUGUCCCGCUGGUCUGGCGCGCUGAAGAGCUAAGCAAGCUCGAAGGCCCAAAAGCAGAGCAUCCCGGGAAAACAGUCCAAAAAGAACGGCCACAACGACCUCUACAGGGCUCUCUAGGCGAGGACGUCGGCGAGAGCUGCGUGGUCGAGUAUGAUGACGAAUGCGACGAGCGCGAUUAUUGUGUGCCAGAGGACGAGAGCGCAAGCGCUAAGGGUGUCUACGUGUCGCUCGUCCAGAACCCUGAGCGUUUCACCGGCUACCGCGGCGAGAGUGCCAACAUGGUUUGGGAUGCUAUCUACAGGGAGAAUUGCUUCAAGAAGUCUUCGUUUCCCAAAUCUGCAGGUCUGGGUUUGUCUCCGUUUCCAGGACCAGCAGAGCAGGAUUUUAGGGCAGUACUGCAGAGUGUUGGCCGACAACAACCGCCGGGCCAGGACGACGUGGAUGCCCUAGAGUACGAAGACGAGUGCCUUGAGAAGCGCGUCUUCUAUCGUGUCGUCUCGGGCAUGCAUUCGAGCAUCAGUACGCAUAUUUGUUGGGACUUUCUCAACCAGACUACGGGUCAAUGGGGACACAACCUACAAUGUUAUGUCGACAGACUGCACACUCAUCCCGAGCGCAUCUCCAACCUGUACUUCAACUUUGCCAUGGUAACACGUGCGAUCAGCAAGAUUGGUCCUUACCUGCAGAGCUAUACAUUCUGUACUGGAGACCGAGAUCAGGACACAGCCACCAAAGCCAAAGUCACUGCAGUGGUGCAAGCCGCGCUAAAACAACCCGAGAUAUUCGACGAAAGCUUAAUGUUUAAGAACGGCGAGGGUCCUAGCCUGAAGCAAGAGUUCAAGGACAACUUUCGCAACAUUAGCCGAAUUAUGGAUUGCACUUCCUGCGACAAGUGCCGGCUCUGGGGCAAGCUCCAAGUUGCCGGAUACGGCGCUGCGCUCAAGGUUCUAUUCGAGUUCGACAAUGACAGCGGCGAGGUUCCGCUGCUCAAGAGAACUGAACUUGUCGCCUUGUUCAACCUGUACGCCCGUUUGAGUAGCUCGGUGAACGCCAUCACAAAAUUCCGAGCAAUGCUCGAAGACGAAGCUGUUGCCGGGGCACCCGUCCAGGAGCAAAAGACUGAAACCGUCCCGGACCGUGCUAAGAAGCCUCAUGCGAUCGGUCUGGGCCAGUCCAAGGCAGCUUCACAACAACAAGCAUCUACCGAAACGUCCACUAAGGCAGCUUCCGAAGACGAAUGGGCAGGCUAUGUACCUACUCCUAAGGGCGCUGUAGGUAACAGCCUCGCAGAGUUGGCAUCGGUUUGGCGUGUGUUCAAGUACAUAAUGACCAGUUUCGUCUACCUGCCUAGAUUCACCUGGCAUGCUUUUCUUUACGAAGCCGAUCGGGUGUACCGGAGCUACAUAGGAAUGUAUGUACCACCCCGAGAGCCAUACUUUAGUUGGCCUGAUGUCAAUGAGAUCGUGCAUGGUGAUACUCGCUACGAGCAGGUGCCCAAACGGUCUGAGGCGGAAGAUGUGAAAGACAAGUCGAAAGCACCUCAGCGAGAGCUUUGAUGUUAGAGCUUGCAUGGGAGGAGGAAUUCGGAGGAAUUUCAUUAUUCUAGUCUGAUGAUACCAGCCGUAGGAUUUGGCACAGCAUUUGCCCACGAUCUUGGAGAUCUGGGCCCUAGGAGUUUCUUGAUUUAAGCAUACACGGCCCAAAGGGAGGAUUGAUAGAAC